UUGAAUGGAUUGUUUACAACUUCUGAAUCGGUUCCCGCUUGUCUUGUCAACAGCAGCUUAUCUGUCAAAAACAAGCGUUUUCUAUGAAGCGGGGUGACAAUGAUUAAGACCGAGAAGGUGUUGCAUUUGAAGAGUUCCCGAGGACGGAAGGUCCGUGUGGUUCGGGAACAUUAUUUGAGAGAACAUGUUCCCUGCUACAGCUCUCUCUGUCAGGCACAAUGCGCCAACGAAGGCAAGGUGUUGUCUGGAGAGGUGACUCACUAUGUGGUGCCUGAUGCAGGCGUGGCGAGGGACUUUAUGGAGAUUCUGGAGUUUAGAGAGAUCCAGGGGAUAGUGUUCACUCAGACUGCCUGCCAGGCUGUCCAACACAGCAGAGGACGCAGGCAGUACAAUCGGCUGCGCAGCUUGCUGAAGGACCCCCGUCAUGACUGUAUCCUGUUUGCCAACGAGUUCCAGGAGUAUUCCUACUGCCCCAGAGAAAAGGGAGAGCCGCAGGACAAAUGGCAGACCAGGUGUGUGUACCACGCUGCAGUGUGGUACCAUGACCACCUGGCAGGUAUGAAGCCAGUAGUGAUGAUCACUGAAGACCAGACCGCUGUGGCAGAGUACAGCAGCCUCAACUGUGGUGUCUACAUCCUGUCUACACAGGAGUACCUGCAGACGUUCUGGCCGGAGCUGCAGGCUGCCCAGGAGCUGUACUGCUCCAUCGCUCAGUCCCUGCGGGAGAGAGGGAGCGAGGGGACGGAGAGAGAGUACACUGAACACCUGCCUGCCGAGGUCCUGGAGGCUGGCAUUAAGUCUGGCCGAUACAUACAGGGCACUCUGAAUGUGAACAAGCACAGGGCCCAGCAUGAAGCCUUCGUCCGCUUUGAGGGCUCUUCCAACAAGAACUCAGAGCUGAACAGUGAUGUGCUGGUGUGUGGGGGGAAGAAUCGUAACCGGGCGGUGCAUGGCGAUAUGGUUGCCGUGGAGCUGUUGCCGAAGGGGGAGUGGAGAGGGAGAACCACGGCCCUGACGGAGGGACAGGGGGAGGAGAAGGGAGACGAGACGCAGAGCCAACCCAUGUUCACAGGUCGUGUGGUGGGGAUCCUUCAGAGGAACUGGAGGGACUAUGUCGUGACCUUUCCCCCCAAGGAGGAGACCCAAUCACAGAGCAGGAACUCCCAGCGUAUCCUGGCCACGCCCUGGGACCAACGCAUCCCCAAGAUCCGCAUCAGCACCCAACAGGCUGACAAACUGCAGGAUCACCGUGUGAUAGUGCGUCUGGACUCGUGGGACAGCACCUCCCUCUACCCGAACGGACACAGUGUCAGGGUGCUGGGCCGGGCUGGGGAGCUGGAGACUGAGGUCCAAACCAUCCUCAUAGAGAACUGUAUCCACGUACCUCCUUUCUCUGAGGCGCAGCUUGGCGAGAUGCCAGUGUCCUCCCCUGAGAGCCCCUGGUCAGUGGACCCUGCUGAGGUGAUUACCAGACGGGACCUGAGACAAACCCACCUGGUUUUCAGCAUCGACCCUCGGGGCUGUGAGGACGUAGACGACACCCUGUCCGUACGCAGCCUCCCCCCCGGCCAGGGGGGGUCAAGGUUAGAGCUGGGCGUCCACAUCGCUGACGUCACACACUUUGUUAAAGAGGGGUCGCUGACGGACCUGGAGGCCCGCGCUAGGGCCACCACCUACUACCUGGCCGACCGGAGGUAUGACAUGCUGCCUGCCGUCCUCAGUGCUGACCUCUGCUCUCUGCUGGGAGGGGUGGACAGGUAUGCCGUGAGCGUAAUGUGGGACUUGGAUGCCCAGACUCUGGCGGUGAACAAGGUGUGGUACGGUCGCACACUAAUCCGCUCCUCCUACCAGCUUUACUAUGAACUGGCCCAGGCUCUGCUCAAUGGAGAGGAGGCUGAGGUCCCAGAACUAGCCCAGCUACCCCCUGGGGAGAGGGAUGCCAAGCUGGCCCAGCUCACCCAGGCCCUGGAGACCCUCACCCACGUCGCCAGACGCCUGCGUGGCCAGAGGGACAGGGGGGGAGCGUUGGAGCUGGAGGGGGUAGAGGUGAGGGCGCAGCUGGAUGAGGACAAGAACAUCACAGCCCUGGUGCCCAGACAGCCCCUGGAGGUCCAUGAGACGGUGGCAGAGUGUAUGAUCUAUGCCAACCACUGGGUGGCCCGUAAGAUCCAGGAGAGUUUCCCCCAGCAGGCCUUGCUGCGCCACCACCCGCCCCCACGCCAGGAGUUCUUCAACCAGCUACAGGACAGUGCCCGGGCACGCGGAUUCACCAUAGACACCAGGUCAAACAAGGCCCUGGCUGACUCUCUGGACCGGGCCGUGGACCCCCGGGACCCUCUGGUGAACCGGUUGCUGAGGGUGAUGGCUACCAUGGCCAUGUCUAACGCUCUCUACUUCUCUACCGGAGCCUGCCCUGUCGACCAGUACUAUCACUAUGGUCUGGCUCUGGACCGAUACACCCACUUCACCUCUCCCAUCCGUCGCUAUGCCGACAUGAUCGUCCACCGCCUGCUCACUGCAGCCAUCGCCAUGGAGAAGGGGGCGGGGCCAGCCAAGGUCUUAGCCAGUAACAAAGAGCUGGAGGAGGUGGCUCAGCAAAUCAACAACAAGAACAGGGCAGCGCAGCACGCCCAGAAGGUGUCCACAGAGCUGUUCCAGUGUCUCUACUUCAGAGACAAAGACCCAGAGACAGAGGCAUCAGUAGAGCUGGUGCGCGCCUUCAUACACAGAAGAGUCAUACGGCAGAUACUGGUCUUCAUACCACAGUAUGGCCUGAAGGGGGCAGUGUACCUGAAGAACAGAGAGGGCCAGGUGGUGAGCGAGAGACAGGACGGAGGAUGUGACUGGCAGACUGGUUCUCUACAGAGAUACCUGGACCACAUCAGUACCACUACUGCUGCUGGCACCUCCACCUUCAACCUGUUCCAACACAUCACUGUGCGUAUCUCAGUACAACCAUCACGUUGUCACUCAAACACACUACGUCUGGAAGUGGUCAGCAACAGGCCCCACCAGGCCCCCGAGACUCAGGCCCAGCCCCUCCAGCCCCAGGGGGCUAGGGGCCGGUCCCAGCUGGUCCAGGAGGUGGUUCGGCAGGCAGAGGAGGCCUCUCAACAGGCGGAGGAGAAGAGGUGCCGGGCCCCCAAACUGUCCAAGGAGGAGAGGGAGUUCAGGCAGAGUAAAAGCCCCAACCUCUACUCUCUCCUGGAGGAGGUCAGGGAGAUGGCCUUGCUGGACCUGGCUGCCUGUGGAGGAGCAGGAGGUGGUGGAGAUCUGGGAGCAGCUGCUCAGGCUUGUGCUACGUCAGCAUAGACGAGGUGGAGAAGUAGGAGGAGGAACAGGUCUGGGAACAGCUGCUCAGCCCUGCGAUACAUCAACAUAGAACUACAUGCAACUUUAACACUGAUUCUGGGUCAGAUUAUUGUGGAGGAGGGGAAGCAGGAGGAGGCACAUCCUUAGUCUUAUUUAGAAAAUGAACAGUGGAUUGAAGUUGGGAGAUGAGAUGGAUGCAUGUAUUAUUGUAUACAUGAAUACACACGGAUUCAGGAGCAGCUCUCAACAGGGCAGGUACCAUAGAAACAACACCUGGAACAAGCAGCAGCGCUGGUUUUAACUCAACAGGACAGGUACCAUAGAAACAACACCUGGAACAAGCAGCAGCGCUGGUUUUAACUCAACAGGACAGGUACCAUAGAAUCAACACCUGGAACAAGCAGCAGCGCUGGUUUUAACUCAACAGGACAGGUACCAUAGAAACAACACCUGGAACAAGCAGCAGCGCUGGUUUUAACUCAACAGGACAGGUACCAU